AUGGGAAAAGACUACUACAAAACGCUUGGCAUCAGCAAAGGCGCUUCCGAUGAUGAGAUCAAAAAAGCUUAUCGUAAGAUGGCUUUGAAGUAUCAUCCAGACAAGAACAAAGAACCAGGAGCGGAAGCAAAAUUUAAGGAAGUUGCUGAGGCCUAUGAUGUACUAUCUGAUGAGAAAAAGAAGAAGAUUUAUGAUCAAUUCGGAGAAGAUGGCUUGAAGAAUGAUGGGGCCGGAGCCGGUGGUCAUGGCGCACACUACGAGUUCCGCGGAGACCCGAUGAACAUCUUCGAACAGUUCUUCGGAUCUGGUGGUAUGGGUGGAGGAGGGUUUGACUUCACCGGAGGUAAUGGAAUGUUCUUCAUGAAUGGAAUGGAUGGAGAUAUGUUCGGAGGACAUAUGGGUGGUGGAGGAAGAAGAGGUCCAGCACGUCAGGAUCCACCAAUACAUCACGAUUUGUUCGUUACCCUCGAAGAUGUGCUUAAGGGAACAACAAAAAAGAUGAAGAUCACCAGAAAAAUUAUGGCAGAUAACUGUCAACGAUUAGAAGACAAGGUUCUGACGGUUACGAUUAAGCCUGGAUGGAAAUCAGGAACUAAGAUCACAUUCCCAAAAGAGGGAGAUCAAAAUCCAGGAAGGACGCCUGCUGAUAUUGUGUUCGUUAUUAAGGACCGACCACAUCCAUUAUUCAAACGCGAAGCCGCUGAUAUUCGAUUCAAGCAGACAGUACCGUUGAAGAAGGCGCUUUGCGGUUCUGAAUUCUCGAUUCCGACCCUUGAGGGGCCAGUUCCUCUUGUUAUCAACGAUGUGAUCAAGCCUAACACGAUCAGAAGGUUGACUGGCAAAGGACUUCCAAACCCGAAGAAUCCUGGAAUUCGUGGUGAUCUUAUUAUUGAAUUCGAAGUUGUCUUCCCAUCAUCAUUGGCCGCUGAACAAAAGAGGAAAAUCAUGGAAGCGCUCCCAUAA